AUGUCGCAUUUUCCAAUUUUCCUUUAUAUAAUAUUGUUUCUCACAAACAAUUAUCUCGCACAAAAUUCUCGUCCUCCAUGUGUCAUAGGAGACGAUGACCACUGUGGUGUGGUACUGGAUAUUAAUCAAUGCAAUAGCAAGUACUGUGUAAAAUUAGUGACUGAAGAAUAUCCACAUUGGUUGUGUUAUUGUGCGGGUAUUAAUGAUUGUCCUGGUGGCAAUUGUGUCAGAAAUCGUUGCGCUGGUCCUGGAUCAUUCGAAUAA